UCGAUAGUUUGGAGCAUUUAUCGCCAACAUAAUCAGGUGAAACGGUGAAAGGUUUUUACUUUUAUGGAGAAAAUUUUUGAUUAUCGAAACGUUGGAUGCUUAUGCACUUGUCUUUCCAAUUUCCAUUAUUUCGUUCGGAUUUCGAUUUCUUUUCCUCAAAAUUACUCGCUUUGAAUCGAUAGAGUAUUUUACCAAAUUCGUGCUCUGAAUAAAUUCCAUUUAUAUGUCAACGAAUUCGACGUUGAAUUCGCAACUUCGAUCUAUUUCAAACCAUCGUUUCGAACUAUGAAAAGCUGAAUAAGGUUGCAUCCUACCAUGACUGAUGGCAACAUCUGUUUCUUUAUUGGAACAGAAGAUCGAAGAAGAACGUAAAAAAUUCAAACGUAAAACCGAACUGCAGCUCGAAAAAGAUAUCUUCAAAAUUUACUCGGAAUCUAUAUUCGGUGAUAUAUUAAUUAACGUUGGGAAUAAUUCGUUAAAAUUACAUCGUUGUAUACUUCAAACUCGAGCACCGAUAUUAUACAAUAUUUAUUGCCAUAAUCCAAAUUUGAUAAAAGUUAUACCUGUUCAGAAAUUGGAAAUUUUCUUCAGAGACAUAUAUUGCGCUGCCGAAAUCCGCGAAAAAGAAGAAGAAAUUUUAAAAUGUAUCGACUUAGCGUUCGCUUCGGAUAAAGAAUCGUAUCUUCAAGAAGACAGCGGCGUAGAGAACUCCGACUACAGCGCUAAUUCUUCGAAUCCGUUACGAAAUAAGCCGGUUGUAGAGAGCCCCAAGUACUUGAGCAACUAUAAUCUGAACUCGAGCAACAACGCGGUUUAUUAUUCGCUGGUGGACGAAUCAUUGGUACUGAGCGAUUUCAGCGACAUUCAUGAAGAAGGUGUAAAAGAAAUGAGUUCUCGUCCGAAAGAGGAUGCGAAAGCCGACUCAUCGGGCGAUCGUUGUCGCAGCGAUAACGAAUGCGCCAGCGAAACUAAACCCACGUCGAACGGAGGAAAUGGUAAAUUUUUUAAAUGUUUUAUCGACGCUUCAAGUUUAACCGACGAGAGUGAAACGUCUUUAGAUGUAAAUCAAACCACGUCGUCGCCGCCGCCGCCAGUAGUUUCCGAUGGUCCUGCUGCUCCUCUCCAGACAAACGGUAACCGAUGUAAAAAUCAAAUCGAUAAUCAAACUCCCGACUCGCUGGAUGACGAUCCGAAAGACGAACAGUGUCCCAGUGCCAAAUUACAACAAGAUUUUGCCCGAGCUUCGAUUCGUCAAAGUGAUGAAAAUGUCCUCGCUGAGAAACGCUUCUCGUCGACGAAGAAAUAUAACGAAAAUUUACUCGCCGACCUGUACCCGGAACUGAUGCUGGAGUUGUCGUUUUCCGAUAAAGUCAAGUAUUUCGAUAAAGAUGACGCGGUUGAAUUUCAACCAACGAGCGAAGCUCUGAAAAACUUCAAAAAUUACCUCAUGGAGAAGUACGAAAGUUUGAAAGGCGAUCGAGCUACGGUCGAGAUGAAACAUUCGGAUAUUUUUGAUCAACUGAUCGGCGAAGAUAAACAAUUCUUGUUGUUGAAAUACAAUCUCGAAGAAAUUCUAUCCGCCGAAUCGGCUUCGAAAACCGAAAUAGCCGAACAUAAAUUUCUUUACAACGAAUACGAAAAGAAACACGGCGUCCAGAAGACGUACAAUUUUAUCAAAUCUUUCUCUAUAAGUAUACUUCAAAGUCGCCCAACCAAACCUAAAUGUGAUCAGACUCCCGAUUCGUUGAAUGACGAAGAAGAAACGCCCAAAAGUACCAAUUCCAAUACGUGCGACGCUGAUCCCGUUCCGGUUACUUCGGCCGUGAAAGAAGCAUCAGCCGAAGUUGAAGCCGAAUCUAAAGAAUCAUCGGCGAAUAAAAGUUACGGUUUUUUUAUCGAUUUAAAAGAUAGCAACGUUCAAGCGACGCAAGAAAAACCAGCUACGAAAGAAAAAUCUGCAGCCGCAUCCAAGCAGCUUUUCUCGAUGUUUAUCGAUUUCGGCAAUUCGACCGAUUCCGAUUCGUCGAUCGGAAUACAAAACAAAUUCGAACGAAGGAAAAAGCAGUAUUUCAAUAAGCUGGAGAAAUCUCGCGAAUUGAGGAAUUCGGUUUCGUCCUUGAACGACGUCAGUGAAAACAGUAAAUCGGAGAAAGUUGUCCAGAAUCCCAUCUCGAACGUGAUGGCUUCCCAACCAACGGCUGAAAUCACCCAGUCGGAGCAUUCCGGCGUUGUACGACGUAAUAAAAAUCUGCACGGCGGUGUUUCGUAUCCGAGUGCGAAUCGACGUUCGUGGAAUGUAGACAAAACGCCUUUAGAACCGAAUCAAAAUUUCUUACUCAGACAUAAACGUAGCUCGAGCGUUUCGUCUCAAAAAGACGUCGACUGUACGCCUCAAACGAGACCGAAUAGUCAGCUCAUCGAACGAGAAUUUCCAUCGAUCGGAAAUGCCGACUCGACGAACGAAUUGACAAUUAACGGAGGCGAAUCGGAAAUAAGUACUUAUUCGUGCGGUAGCGAACACGAUAAAGAGAACAAAACGCCUUGUAAUUCAAAUUCCAACGAAUCCAGUCAAAGAGCUUCGGAAAAAGAGACGAAGACUGACGAAAACGAAAACAUCAGCGCGAAAGACGAGUUCGUCAAAUUGUCCGACCUCGACAAAGAACCUAAACCGCUUUUAAACACGGAGAAAUGGACUUCGGUCAGGAUGACUAAAAGUGCAACCGGUACGGAAAAUUGGCUAGAGACAAAAAUCUUGAGCGGAUCAGCGAAUAGUAGGUCGUUGAGUAGGAUAUUCCCGGAUAUAAGCGCCAAUAUUUUGAGUAAGCCGAAUUCCGACGUCGACGAUACGACCAUAUCGAGCAUCAGUAGCGUGCAAAGUAGCUCGGCUGUGUCUACUUGUGAAAGUAAUCUCGAAGUAUCCAACGUCGAGUGUAGAAAGGAGAGUACUCUCGGUCAAGAUUUACUCAGGAUGUUCCUAGACGAAAUUAGUCCCGAUGUUGUGAUAGAAGUCGCUGGUCGAAGGAUCAAAGCUCAUAAAUGUGUGUUGACCUCGAGGUGUCAGUACUUCGCUGCCUUAUUGAGCGGUGGCUGGGUGGAAAGCGCCGGCAAUGUUUUGUCAAUUCACGGGUUUUCGUACAGCGUGGUACAUUUCGCAUUGUGUUACAUUUAUAGCGGCGAAAAUGAGAUCCCGGAAACUUUGAAUAUUGUCGAGUUGGCUACGUUGGCGGAUAUGCUAUGCUUAGAAGGUCUCAAAGAAGUCAUAUCGCAUACGUUGAAAAUGAAGUAUUGCCAUUUCUUCCAUAAGCCUUGUAAUAUUUGCUCGGUCGGUGUUCUCGAGUGUCUACCAGUAGCCGUUAACUACGGAUUAGAUGACAUUCAUCGUAAAAGUUUACGAUGGAUCACGAAACAUUACGUUCGCCUUUGGUGUUCAAAAGCUUUCGCUUCGUUGCCCAGAGAAUUAAUCGACAAGUGUUACAAUCAACAUGUUGUAAAUAUGUCUGUAAACAAUGUAUUCGAAACUUUGACGAAUUGCGACAAAUUGUUUUCCUUUAUACCGCAAACUAGAUGGGCCGAGCCAUGCUUUAUAGUUACGAAACGAUUACACGAUCAUUGUAUCAAAUACUUGGCUAAUCAUUUCUUGGAAUUCUUAAAAAGCGAUUCAUUCACAUCGAUAGCUCAGAAUCGUCAGUGGGGAAUUAUGAUUGUUGAUGAAAAAACUCAACUGGCAUGUGCCAAGAUGAGAGCCGAUCAGUUAUGUCAUAGUUAUUCUUACGUCUGUAGUCAAUUAAAAAAUAUUACCGCCGAUAAAAACGAGGAGUAUAUUGAGCUAUGGAACCGAGUUAAAAAUCAAGUAGAAACUGCGCUCAUUAAAAGCGCCCUGCAAGCUAGUCAGUGUAAUGCGUGGUUCCAAAUGGAUCCUGAACUCAGAAGCCAUAUCCAGUCGUCAGCAGGAUUGACUUUCGUGCCCGUUGAAAUUAAAAGAAGGGUUAGCUCGUUCAAGCCUAAACAACCUGCGACAACGUCGAGUGGCUCUCGAGCUGUGGACUUGCAACAAGUCAAAUCUGCGAUCAAUCGGCAGCAAAAACAAAACGGUAUUCGUAGCGAAAAUAAAACCAGUCAAAAGGUCAACGGUCACGCUAAAAGUUCCAGUACCAAACCAACCAGCUCGUCUGCUAAGUCACACAAAAGCUCCGCAGUUUCCAACAACAGUAAAAGCCCUUUUAGAAAUAAAUAUGCCAACGUAAAAUCGCGAUACAUGGAUCGUAAAAACAGUAAAGAGAAGCCCACAUCGGAAACCACACCAUCGGAAACAUCCGAAGUAGAGAAAAACACUUCGUCGUCGUCGACCGCAGCGAACCGUCGUCCGUCAAAGAGUCUCGUAACAUCGGCCCAUCUAUCGCCAGCCAUUCGCGAUACAGCGCGCGCCGUUUCGCUUUCGAAGAUCCCGGUUAGUGUACGAAAUUCGUCUCAAAAACGUACCGAAUCCGAUAAAGACACCACUUCGGGCUCGGAUAACGGUACUCGUAGUAGCGAAAAACCAAAACGACCGUACCAUAGCGCCAGUGACCCUCCGCCUGUACGUAAACCGUUGGCUGUUACUAUGAAAAAUGGCACCACCAAUAGAUCGUAUAAUUCGGCGCCGAUGAGGAAAAGCGCCGUUAAUACCAGGACCAGAAACAGCGAAGAGCGUUCCAAAGGCAGCGGCGGUGGAACGAAGAAACCAUCAAGAAGCACGGCGGAGAGUACUCGUAAGAAAUUCGGUACCGAUAGAAAUAGUAACGAUGAAAAUAGACUGAAACCAAAACGUAUAGAAAAUAAUCCGUCCACUGAGACCAGCAUAUCGGAAGACAUUAAACCAAACGUACCGUUUCGUCGAGAUGGUACUUUUUGUAUCGACGAACCUACGGUGUUGAAGAGACAGUCUUCGUGUAGCGAACGUGAUGAACUUGUUUGAGCUUGGCUUCAGAUCUAGUCAAUAAUACGACGUGAACGUGUUUUUUCGUUUUUUUUUUUUUUUCUGUUUUUCCUACUUCGGAGCACAAAAUUCCAUAGUGCGAUGAAUCAACUUGACGCUUUUUUUUCAGUAUUUUAAUUUUUUGUUUUGUUUUGUUUGUUUCGUAAGUUGUUUCAUGAAUUUUGUAUCUGUGAAAUUUGCUGACCGGUUUGAUCAAUUUGGACUUGUAGUAUGAAAAUGAACGGCGUCUAAUGAAAUUUAUCGAUGUCGAAACCGAUUAGAAAGGUGUAUUUUGUGAAUUUAGCCGAAUUUGUCACCGAUAAACGACAACGAGAGUUACGGAACAUCUAUUUAUCGCUUACGUAGUCGGUGCUAUACAGAUGAAAAUCAAUUCUAGUCCUUUUGUACUGAUUUACCCUUUAAAUUUAGUGUAAAUUGUAAAGUUGCGAGCAUCGGAAAGGUUCGAGUUCGAGGAUGUUGAGACGAGGAAUUCCAAAUUGCCAUGUUUUCAUACUCGAUUCAAAAACGUAUGUGUUUAAGCGCGGAGAUGAAUUUUACGUUUUAUUUUUUUAAUCAUUUUUUUUAAAAAUCGAUUUAUUCGCAUUUUCUUUUCGUAUUUAUGUAACUUAUCUAUGUACUUACUAUUCUUGGAUGGUGAAAAUUUUUUAAAAUUAUUUUUAAGCUACUGAAAGAGCCAACGUACUCGUGUUUCUCAAAUUGCAUUUUUAUUUUUUUCCAUGCUCUUUUUCAAAUCGACCGAAAAAUAUUUGUUAUUUUCAAUACGUGUGUUAUUUUAGCUUGAACUAGUCCGAUCGUAAUCUUGUUCUUUUCGUGAAAAAAUUCAUCCAACUUUCAGUAGUUUAUUUUCUGGAGGAGUUAUAUCUGAAUUAUGUAAAUGAAAAUCGUAUUUUUUUUUUUAAAGCUUAGCUUUGCACCCGAGAGCCAUUUGAAUGGCACUUGAAAUGAGCCAAAGAUUGUACUUUCUACAUCACUGUAUAACAUUAUUUACUGAUGUUUGUAAAUUUCGAGCAUUUAUUACUCUGUAAGAUGGCAGCUACCUUUAUACAAAGAUUAAUUUGUUACUCAUCGUAUGUAUUAUUUUAGAAAUUUAUCAAGUUAUCCUAUGAUUUUCAUGUUAUUUUAAGAUUUACAUUUACGUUAUGUACAAGCUUGAAAACAUCAAUAUACAGUUACAGAUGA